AUGACCAGCACCGCCACACCACGGUUUACCGCCCCACGCCACCCCCAGCACCGCCACACCACCGUUUACCACGCCACACAUAACCACACAACGCCCAGCACCAUCACACCACGGUUUACCACGCCACGCCACGCCACGCCACGCCAUGCACCACCACACUACGGUUUUCCGCUCCACGCCAUGACACGUUCAGCACCACCACGCCGCGCCACGCCGCUCCCAGCACCACCACGCCACGCCAUGCCACGCCACGCCCAGCACCGCCACACCACGGCCACGCCCAGCACUGCCACACCACGGUUUACCACGCCACGCCACGCCCAGCACCGCCACACCACGGUUUACCGCUCCACGCCACGCUACGCCACGCCCAGCACCGUCACACCACGGUUUACAACGCCUCGCCAUGACCAGCACCGCCACACCACGGUUUACCGCUCCACGCCACGCCCAGCACCGCCACACCACGGUUUACCACUCCACGCCACGCCGCUCCCAGCACCACCACGCCACACCACGCCACGCCAUUCCCAGCACCACCACACCACGGUUUACCACUCCACACCACAUUCAGCCACCCGAAGUAUAGCAGCUACCCCAGUACGUCUCACCCUGAUAGACUGA